GUUAGUUGCGGCAAGAGAAGAUUUCUUUUUUGUAGUCGCAAGAAAAGUGAGAGGCGAUAGAGAAUCAAGAAGGGGAAGAUGUUGGCGCGUUUAGCAUCUCGCACGGCCAAGGUGGCGGCCAGGUCGCCAGCUGCAGCCAUCAGCGCUCGCCACGAUAGCCAUUUCAACCCCUCUGUUGUCAAUAGCCAGAACUUGACACAGGAGCAGGUGAUUGCCAAGCUCGACAGCGACAUCAAGAAGAGAGAAGAUGAGCGAUUUCGCUGGCUGCGCAUGGGCCUUCCGUGGACGCAGACGUACGUGAUAGCGGAUAGCGGCUUCGAGUAUUGUCGAGGUGGCAUACCAGGCUGGGCGUGGAUGCUGGCUGGAACUGUGACGCUGGGAUUAACAUCCUACAAGUUCUUCACUGAGCGCUUCCACGACCCGUACGUCCACCAACACAACCCAAAACCAGACUUGGAGGAGUACCACCGCAUCAAGAGCAGACUGGCCGAUGAGCCGGACUUCUGGAACUGGGACGAGAGAGACGCGGCCAAGGAGGCAGCAGCCGAGUGAUACUAAUAUAACGUGCCCAGGUCCAUUUUAUUGUCCCCAGGCUUCAACCCAUCUCGUGUUGAAUGCCUCUUGUCCAUCGGGUAUUUCCCAUUGCUGUUAGCUGAACCAACGCUGCGGACCUGUAUUCCAGGUCAUACGGUUACCAUCACGGUUCAGAGUCGCUGCUGUGUAUAUAUUUAUGUUCCGUUUUGUGUUAUUUCUGCUAGUACCUAUUACCAUGCAAUGCUUUCGAAUGGUUAUACUCCCAUGCUAGCUGUACCAUGUACUUCAAAGUAGGAAUUUUGUGAUUCGCGAGGGUGACGUAAGUUGCUUAAAUUUGGAACAUAUGUACACAUAUGGUCCGCUGCUGUUGUUCCUUGCCAGUGCUAUGGCUGUUGCUGUGUUGUUUGGCAAGUAAAUUCUCAUUUCCGCAACUUUAUUUCCUCCAUGAUUAUUGUACCCCUGAAUGAAAACAUGGUCGUGUGUUA